CUUGAAGUUGGCGCUCUUUUUUGCAGUAGUAGGAAGACCAUCCGUUCUCACCGGCAGAAAAGGAGAAUGGAGGACGAAGGUGAGAAGUCGAACAUAGUGAUCGGUCUGAUCGAGAACAGAGCAAAGGAGGUUGGAGUGGCUGCAUUUGACUUGAGGUCAGCUGCACUACAUCUUUCUCAAUUCAUCGAAACUAGCAGUACAUAUCAGAAYACAAAGACCUUGCUGCAUUUUUAUGAUCCCAUGGUGAUCAUUGUGCCCCCAAACAAGCUUGCCCCGGAUAGUAUGGUUGGAGUAGCAGAGCUGGUGGAUAGGUUUUAUACAUCAGUCAAGAAGGUUGUAAUGUCUCGUGGUUGCUUUGAUGACACCAAGGGAGCUGUGCUGGUUAAAGGUCUGGCAGCCAAGGAGCCAUCUGCACUUGGUUUAGACACCUAUUACAAGCAAUAUUAUCUCUGCUUGGCUGCUGCUGCUGCUACAAUCAAGUGGACGGAAACUGAGAAAGGGGUUAUUGUUACAAACCACUCAUUAUUGGUUACCUUUAAUGGUUCAUUUGACCAUAUGAACAUAGAUGCUACGAGUGUUCAGAACUUGGAAAUCAUUGAGCCAUUGCAUUCCACCCUUUGGGGCACUGGCAACAAAAAGAGAAGUCUAUUUCAUAUGCUUAAGACAACAAGAACCAUUGGAGGGACUAGACUACUCCGAGCCAAUCUUCUUCAGCCUUUAAAAGACAUCGAGACUAUCAAUGCUCGUCUUGAUUGCCUGGAUGAGUUGAUGAGCAAUGAGGAACUAUUCUUUGGGCUCUCACAGGUUCUUCGUAAGUUUCCUAAAGAAACUGAUAGGGUCCUCUGUCACUUCUGUUUCAAGCCAAACAAAAUUGCCAAAGUGGCCUCUGGUGUUGAUAAUGCUAGAAGGAGUCAGGUACUGAUAUCAAGCAUUAUCCUUCUUAAGACUGCUUUGGAUGCUCUGCCCCUACUUGCAAAGGUGCUUAAGGAUGCAAAAUGUUUUCUUCUUCGAAACAUUUCUGACUCCAUUUGUGAAAAUGAAAAAUAUGCUUCUAUAAGAAAGAGGAUUUGUAAUGUUAUUAAUGAGGAUGUACUUCAUGCACGGGUUCCUUUUGUUGCACGAACACAACAAUGUUUUGCUGUGAAGGCUGGCAUAGAUGGGCUUCUGGAUGUUGCAAGGAGAUUAUUUUGUGAUACUAGUGAAGCUGUACAUAACCUUGCAAACAAAUACCGUGAAGAAUUCAGUCUGCCAAAUUUGAAAAUUCCCUUCAACAAUAGGCAGGGGUUUUACUUUAGCAUUCCACAUAAGGAUAUAAGUGGAAAACUUCCUGGAAAAUUUAUUCAGGUCUUGAAACAUGGGAGCCACAUACAUUGCUCAACUCUUGAACUUGCUUCACUGAAUGUUAGGAACAAGUCUGCAGCUGCAGAGUGCUAUAUAAGAACAGAAAUUUGCCUUGAAGCAUUGAUUGAUGGAAUCCGGGAGGAUGUUUCUGUGCUCACAUUGCUUGCAGAGGCCUUAUGUCUUUUAGACAUGAUUGUAAAUUCAUUUGCUCAAGCAAUAUCCACUAAGCCUGUAGAUCGAUAUACCAGACCUCAAUUUACAGAUAAUGGUCCAUUAGCUAUUGAUGGUGGAAGACACCCUAUCCUAGAGAGCUUACACAACGACUUUGUUCCUAACAAUAUUUUCCUUUCUGAAGCAUCUAACAUGAUAAUUGUCACAGGGCCAAACAUGAGUGGAAAGAGUACUUAUCUUCAGCAAGUAUGUCUUGUGGUCAUCCUUGCUCAAAUUGGUUGCUAUGUUCCUGCCCGCUUUUCAUCCUUAAGGGUGGUUGAUCGCAUAUUUACACGGAUGGGAACAGGGGACAAUCUUGAAUCCAACUCCAGUACGUUCAUGACCGAGAUGAAGGAGACGGCUUUUGUUAUGCAAAAUCUCUCCCCAAGGAGUUUGGUUGUUAUGGAUGAACUUGGGAGAGCUACUUCUUCUUCUGAUGGAUUUGCAAUUGCGUGGAGCUGUUGUGAGCAUCUACUAUCACUGAAAGUGUAUACAAUAUUUGCAACUCAUAUGGAAAACCUAUCUGAGCUAGCAACUAUCUACCCAAAUGUGAAAAUUCUUCAUUUUCAUGUUGAUGUCAAAAACAACCGUUUAGAUUUCAAGUUCCAACUCAAAGAUGGCCUAAGACAAGUGCCACACUAUGGCCUCCUAUUGGCUGGAGUUGCUGGAUUGCCAAGCUCAGUAAUUGAAACAGCAAGAAAUAUCACAUCAAAGAUCAAAGAGAAGGAAAUGAAGAGAAUGGAAAUAAAUUACAUGCAGUAUCAUCCAAUUCAAUUGGCUUACCACGUUGCUCAAAGGUUGAUAUGUUUGAAAUACUCAACUCAGGAUGAGGAUUCAAUUCGACGAGCAUUGCAGAAUCUUAAGGAAAGUUAUGUUGAUGGGAGGUUAUGAUUUCCUUGUUGGCUUGGACAUGGCCAGAGAUAUAUAAGAAUAUUCACUUCUCAGAUGCCCAAAAUUAAUGUUAACCACAGAACAAAACCAUGGGGAUGCCGAUCAAAUUUUUGCCUCCAGAUUGAAGGAAAAAGUUGAGGCAUGGUCGUAAUAUAUGUUAAUGAUGGCCCAUCCAUGCGAUAGCCCUGUUGGACUGCCUCGGGCAGUAAAAGGCGGCCAUCUGCCUGCUGACCACUUUAUCAGGUAUGACGAGUACAACCAUCCCAAGCAUAUCUUUUGGGAUACCAAUAGUUUUCGUGUCUCUAGGCAAGGAUUGAACUUGUACCGAAAGUAUGGGAGUCCAGGGACACAUUGGGAGCAUCUCCCUAUGAGUUUAGUUCAUACCAGACAUGUUCCAAAUGUGUGACUAGAUGCUAUGUGUGCAAAGUUUUUGCUUGUCAAAGAUCCAGGUUCAAUGGUGAACGCCAUACCUUGAGGUCUUUUCCUUACUAACAAGCAUGUACCACAACUGGCAUGGGUAUUAUUAUUGGUUCCACAGCCUGCUAAAUAAUCAAUGCAUAGCUAAUCCAAUCUCACCCUUCCCACAUGUCAUUGCGGCCACACGUCAAGAAUAAUUCCUGUAUUUAUGUCUUCAUGCAUGGGAAAAUGUUCGCUGUAGUGUCUUGUGGGUCAGUGUGGGUAAAGAUUUUGUAGGCAAAAUUUGAUUGAUACCAUGAGUAUUGGUCUGUAUUCCGA